GGGAUAGAUGCGUUCUGUACCACCUUCUCGAGUACUAAUGGUUAACUGGAAUGAACACAAGCAACAAACCCUCCGGCCUGGAGCCCAAAACAACAGUCGCGGUUCUGCAACAGAAAAGGCUGCGCUGGCCCUGGGACCUGUCUCGGAAAUGCUCCUCAUCCAUCUAGUUUCUCCCAGGACAACUAGGCCCAAACCCACGGGAAUAUACAGAGAGGCCUCGGGUCACAGACUUAAAGCUGUAAAAGGGAGGAGGCGACGGUCUGGUCCCAGUCACCGACCAGCCACCGACUACUAGGGCCCGAACCCGGGACUGCAGACGCGCCUCCCCGCCCUCCCUUCCGAGCUCCGCCUGGCGGCGGGCGUUGCUCCUGAGGGGCGGGGCUUCCGCUUCCGGCGGGGGAUUGUUGACGCCUGCGGUUGCUGCGGUGGUGACGGGGCUGUUGGGGAGGGGCCAUUGGGGGAGGGAAACGGAGCAGUGACAGGUAUCCCGGAGGGUGCUGCUGAGGCGACGAUGGCCGAGGGGCCCGAGGAAGCCCGAGGCCACCCUCCCGGGCAGGACGAUGGCGGAGGGGACCACAAGCCCGUCCCUUCCCUGAGAGGCCCUCCUACCACCGCCGUCCCAUGCCUCCGCGACGACCCCCAGGCCCCGGGCAGGCCCACAGCCCCGGGCCUCGCGGCCGCCGCCGCAGCCGACAAAUUGGAGCCGCCGCGCGAGCUCAGGAAGCGCGGGGAGGCGGCCUCCGGCUCCGGUGCAGAGCUGCAGGAGCAGGCGGGCUGCGAGGCGCCCGAAGCCGCGGCGCCACGAGAGAGACCGGCUCGGCUGAGCGCCCGCGAGUACUCCCGGCAAGUGCACGAGUGGCUGUGGCAGUCCUACUGCGGCUACCUCACCUGGCACAGCGGCCUGGCCGCCUUCCCAGCCUACUGCAGCCCCCAGCCCUCCCCGCAGAGCUUCCCUUCGGGAGGCGCUGCAGUCCCCCAGGCCGCGGCGCCGCCGCCCCCGCAGCUGGGCUAUUACAACCCUUUCUACUUCCUGAGCCCCGGGGCCGCGGGGCCUGACCCGCGGACAGCUGCCGGCAUCAGCACCCCUGCUCCAGUCGCGGGCCUGGGACCCCGGGCUCCUCACGUGCAGGCGUCGGUCCGGGCCACUCCAGUGACGAGGGUAGGAUCCGCAGCCCCUUCGCGAAGCCCGAGCGAGACCGGGCGACAGGCAGGCAGAGAAUAUGUUAUUCCAUCCUUGGCCCACAGAUUUAUGGCAGAGAUGGUGGAUUUCUUUAUUCUCUUCUUUAUAAAAGCAACCAUUGUCUUAAGCAUUAUGCACCUCAGUGGGAUAAAGGAUAUCUCUAAGUUUGCUAUGCAUUAUAUAAUAGAAGAAAUAGAUGAAGACACAUCAAUGGAAGACUUGCAGAAAAUGAUGGUUGUGGCACUUAUAUACAGAUUAUUAGUUUGUUUCUAUGAGAUAAUUUGCAUUUGGGGAGCAGGUGGAGCUACCCCAGGGAAGUUCCUGCUGGGGCUUCGAGUUGUGACAUGUGAUACAUCAGUGCUUAUUGCACCAAGUCGGGUUUUAGUGAUUCCUUCCUCAAAUGUUAGCAUUACAACGUCCACUAUCCGAGCUUUGAUCAAGAAUUUUUCAAUUGCUUCUUUUUUCCCUGCUUUCAUCACACUGCUGUUUUUUCAGCAUAAUCGAACAGCUUAUGACAUUGUAGCAGGAACCAUUGUGGUAAAAAGAAAUGGGGUCAGAUGAUGCCCCCCAAAACCCUGAUUUCCACACACUAAGACUAAAUUAUCUAUCAAGGCCAUCAGUAUCCCUGGGUUACACUAAUUGAUGAUUUAGAAAUUAAAGCAGUCACUCCAGUGUGAUGCAGGUGACUACUCUGAAAGUAUUGAUUAUACUUGAAUGCCAAAGAACUUGUCCAGAAGAAAAACCUGUUAAAUUCAAGUAUUAAAAUUUUUAGAUCAAAAAGGCAAAUGAUUUUAUAAACAAUGGACAAUAUAUACUUUCUUAAGAUCUAAGGUACUUUCUUAAGAUCUAAGAAUUUGCUGAAAGCAUUUUCAGCUUUGAAAUCUCCAAACGAAACUUUAAAAUUUAUUUUGGUUUAUCCCAAAAUAAUGGAAAAUGUCCAGUUGUGUUUUGUAAACACCUAUGUAACUCAUCUUUUAGUUUACACUUCCUGGGGAAAUUGUCUUUGGUGUUUAGGGGAGGGAAUGAGAACACAAAUUGGAUAAUCCACUGUCUCCCAUCCCAGGAGGUGGUGAGUUGGCUACAAGAGAAAGGGACAAGUGAGGCAGGCCUAGCAGUUCCCUUAACUGAAGUUUUCAAAUCCAUACUGCAGUUCCCUCUCGUAAUGAUGUAACUUUACAACUAUUCUUAAUGCUUGAACAUGUAUUUAGGGGCAAGUUUCUCAUGAUGAUGAAAAAGUAUCAAGUCAUAUUGCUAUGUUAAUUGGUUUUUUUUAAAAGGUAAGUUAGUGAUUACUGUUAAUGGUGGGGGAGUAAGUUUUCACUGUAAAUUGAACUUAUAAUUUAUGUGCAAGUGUUUUCAGUGCCCUGAAUCAAACUAUAAAUAUGUGGAGAGAAAUCACCUCCAUCAAACAGUUGCAUAUUUACUGUAAAAGUAUUCCCAGUAUGUGUGCAGCAUGAAGAAAGUAUUAGUGCUUCUCAGUGUUCUCAGUGUAAAUUCUAUUUGUAUACAGCAUAUUCACAUACUACUUUCCUUAUAUUUUAUAUAGUUCUAUGACUGUUGAAACAUCAAGGAGUUAAAAAAAUCUUAAUAUUUCAUGAUUAACUCUAAGUACUAUUAAUAGCUUGCGAAAUAUUAGCAAUUUUCCCAUUAUGGACUAUUCUCUCUAAAGCAAGAGAGACUAGCAUUCCCAGACAUUAUUCUAGGGUCUUUAAGCUCAUUUUGGGUCUGCUAAAGUUUGGGGGGAAAUGUUAAGCAAAGUGAUACUGUGUAUAUUGCCAUUUUGCUUUAUUCUUCUGUUGAAGCAAAAUUGUGGGGUUUUAUUAUGUGUGUGUGCUUUUCCUAGAUGUCCCAGUUAGCUGUGCUGAGAUAUACCUGUACUAUUUAUGGUUUAAGUUUUGAUUCUUAGGUAUUUUCUCCAGCUCUGACAUUGUUUUCCAAAGACACACUAAACUGCAUUGUACAGUUCAAAAUUUGAUUACUUAAGGGAUCAAUCUAGGUGGUGUUGUUGGUCUUAAAUUUAACAGCAAACACAGCACAUAUCUAUUAUCACUAUAUUAAUUUUCAAAGGUUUUUCUUUGACGUUUAAAACUGUGACAACAGAUAUUCACAUUUGAUUAUAGAAACUUAAUGUCUAUUAAUAAUUUUAGUACAAAAUUUCAUAAACCGUGUUUUUCAAAAUGUUUAUGUCAAAUCCAGCUUCCCAGAAACACUAAUAAUUAAGUAUGUCAAUGUACUAAAUAAAUCAUUCACUUGCACCCAUGGGGAAGAUUGUGUUACUGCCCUUCACAGUGGAAAAAAGAAAAAUCUUUCAUUUUUAAAAUUAGGAGAUGUUACGUAACUUGGCACUUUAGUAGUGUAUACACGAGCAUUAGUUUAUACACCACUUUUGCCGCUGGGGAAUUCAAGUUGAAAUGUCCCUCAAUCAUAUAGGACUGGAAUACAUCUUUCAUUCAUAAUUUCUGCUCAGAUAAUUGAAUAGUUUGCCAUCGAGAUUAUUUUCAUUUAUACUAUAAAACAAAAGCAAACUAGUCCAGUUUAAUUUUUUGUACUUAGAAUAUUGCACAUUUUCUAUAUAUGAGUUAUUCAGAUUAGUAUCUAUGUAGGUUCAGUCAGAUCCAACCAUGGAUUCGAGGUAUUAUACUGUAUAACCCUACAAAAUACAUAGAAGUAUUAUUUGCCUUUAUAAUAGAACCCAAGAGUCUGUUUCAAUUUAUGAAUUCAAUAUUUGCACCGAGAUUUUGAUUCCCAAAGUUUGGGAAAAAAUGACAAAACAACGAGGGAAGAAGGAACCAGACCUUAGUGCCACAUAUUUUUCUCUUGGGGUUGUAAGGUAGUCUCCUGCUUUCCAGAACACUUUAUUAUAUUUCACUUAUAGACCUGAUUUUCUGUGUCAAAGUAUAAUUCUCAUGCUGAAGCUGUAGCCUAAAAAGCCAAAAGAAAGUUGUCUUCAUUGUACAAACAUAUUCAUCACUUUAACAAAAUAAUAAGGGAACAAAAUUUAGUAUUCAAGCUGAGUGAGAAUACUGUUUCAAUGAGCAUGUCCCUAAGAUAAACCAGAAUUGGCAGUUAAUUUAGGCGUCUAGAAAAUCUCAGUUCCCACCAGUAAAAUUAUCCUGAGUAGCUAAUGCACCUUGAGAAAAAUCUGGCAUACUGAAUAAAUAACAUUAACUUGGGAGCCAAGAGCUGGGUAAGCCUUACCUUUAGACUACUCUGUGACUACAGAAAUAAAGCCAGCACUUUUGGAACUAAUAAGCCUUCACUUGUCAGUAUCAUAAAGAGUAUUGCCCAACUGAACUUUGCUCCCACUGGUUUAAUAGUUACUUAUUUCUGCCUAAGCACUCACCUUCCGAUUUUACCCAAGUAUAUAUAUAGGAUAGAAAAAAAUGCAUUAUAUUUGAGAGCUACUUCGCCCAAAUUACAAAAUGAGUGUUUUUAGAUUCAAGUGACAGUAAAAGUAUUUGUUCCCUUCAGUGACUUGAGUGUUUUAGUUAUGCAUAAGUAUUUCUAGCAAAGGAAGGGUAGAAAGGAAUUGAAAAUUAAUUUACACUAGUUGCUACUUGGGAAUAAAGGGCUUUUUGAGGGGGGUAUGGAUAUUAAAUGUUUUCGUUAUAUACUUAUCCCUAUUAAAACAGGCAGUUGUUUCUUUGAAUAUGCCUAAAUAACAGUAUUCUUAAAAUCUGACAGACAAGUAACAUGUCAAUUACUUGACAUUCCUUGUCUCCAGUACCACAGGCCACUCUUGACAUCCUAUGUUUGCCUGAAUAAAGUUCCUCAUUUCAAACAGUAUACACACUUCUUUGCAGUUCAUUAUAGUAAGGCUUAACCUGUAAACAGUAUCUGAUGGCCCACCUAUAAAUAAAAUUCAGCAUUCUAUUUUUAAUAAUUUGUAUGCCACCAAUUUGUAUUAUUUGUCUCAAUAAAUACUUAGUCAUCAA